GGCUUGCGGCAUCUCAUAACUAUCCGUAAGCUAUAACAAGCGGAGACCUACUUUUGGAGACAGCUUCAGCUGUCGAGACCAUAUAGCUUUGACAUCGCAUUCGGUCAGCAAACACUAGAAUGCGUGCAAGAAAACUACAUACACUGUUUUUUUCGGCAGCUUUUGGCAGGGCAGGAUAGAUCGAGCGACACUGCGGCGCGCCAAAAUGUCUCCAGUCGUCAAUCAGUCCAGUCCACAGCCUCACGCCUCCCGCGGGUGCCUUCCUGGAGCACCUCGUCGCUGCGUCGAGGUAGCCCAUGGGGAGGGGCCGAGCGGGGCGAACACUCAACACUGUGCAGCAGGGCGCGGCGCGCAGAAGGGCGCGCCGGGCACCGCGGCAGCAGGAGGAUGUUGUGCAUGGGCACAUGGGUGUCCGAGUGGCCGGAUGAACAGCAAUCGCGCCGCCUUUCCCCGUCCACAAGCAACCCUAAGCUAGCCAGCCCUGCGGCUUUGACCAGCCACCAGCGGGCGGGCGGCGAUGCAAAUCCGCUGAGUUCCGUGUCUGGAAACAACGACACAGGCGUUUUCUGCGGCAUGCGCCACGCCGGCCCGGAAACGCCUUCCUCGCGCGGGGCCGCUGCUGCAGCAACACGGCUGACCGCUGAAGGCCGCGAAACCAUCACCAGCACCAACAGUUGCAAUAGCCGAGCCACCAGCAGGUGCGGGCAAAGAGGCAGAUGCAGUCGCGGCGGUCUAGCACUGCUCGUGCUGCUGCUGCCGGUCCUCGCGGGCUCGCCUCGCGGCUGCUGCAGCAUGCGCACUGCCGCCAUCUCGCGGGGGGCUGCAGAGGUGGGCGUCGGACCCAGGCUGCUGCGAGAUCUUCAAGAGCUGCACGCGGGUGAUGCCGGCGGCGGCACGUCGGACAACCAGGUCGGGGGCGCUGCAAUUACUUCGAGCGGCAGCGACCUCAUCAGCGCAGGUGCCGGCUCUGCUGCCACUGCAGCGGCGGCCACGUUGCUCGCAACAGCGGCAACAGCUGCGAACCCUGCCGACGCCUGGGAGCAGCCCCUGCCGGGCCAGCCACCUGCACCGCCGCCGCCCCUCGCGCCCCCGCCGGAGAACGUGGCGACCGCCCGCGACUGUGCCGAGUUCUUCGCGCUGCUGCGGAACCCCGCCAUCCGUGUCAUCGUGCUGCCGCAGGACCUGUGCAUGCAGCCCGCCACCGCGCCCUCGCAGCCGGUGAUGCUGGGCCACAACGUGAGUGUUGUUGGCGCGGCGCUGGCUGCGGCGGAGGGGCUGCUGGCGCCCUUCUCGCCAGUCGGCAUAAACCUGGGGCUGGGCAUCCAGGGCGGCGGCAGCAGCAGCGGCGGCGGCAGUGGCGCUGGUAGCACCGCCGGUGGGGGCAGCAGCAGCAACAGCAGCAACAGCGGCGGUGACCCGCGCCAGCCUCCGCCGCCAGCCUUCAUACUGCUCAAUCUGACGCGCCUGGACUUUGCGUUCCUGCCGGCGCGCAUCCAGCUACAGCGGGGGGUGGUGCUCAUGCUGCGAGGUCUGGAGCUGUGGCGGGCCCAGAGCCGCGUCUCCGCCCACCUGGACUUUCUGGCCGCGUCGCCGGCACCGGGCGCGGGCCGCGUCGUGAUUGAGAGCUGCAUCCAGCAUCGUGUGGCGUGCCUGUCGCUCCCCAAAGCGGAAGAGAACUAUCGCAGCCUGCCGAGAGGAGACGAGCUGCCGGCUGCAGCCGGGGGCAGCAGCAGCAACAGCAGUAGCAAUGGCCGUAGCAUUGGUACCGGUGGCGGCAGUGGCAGCAGCUAUGGAAUUCCAGUGGACGAGGACGGGCAGUCGGUGGAAAUGCGGACGUCGCCGCCAGUGUGCUGGUUCAACAUGGGGUGCAGCGAUGCGGUACCAGCGGACGGCAAUAGCAAUAGCGUUGCGCAGGGCCAGCCUCCACCUCCACCUCCACCGUCUCAGCAGCAGGUCGCAACCUCGGUAGCGCCGCCGCCUGAGAUUGCGGCGGCGGCUGACGCGGCGGGCGUGGCCGGGCGGGUGCAGUGCCGCUCGCCGUACCUGCGGCUGCGGGAUGUGUCGUACACGACUCAGAUUCUGGAUUCGACCUUUCUCAACAACGGCGGUUACACCGUGACGUUUGUGCACUCGUUCUUGGUAUGCGACUGGCCUGUCCCGGAUGACUGCGUCAACCUGCGCGGCGCUGAGCGCUGUGUGGCGGAGGCGCUGGCGACGCACAGCGAUGGCUACUACGCCGGGGCAGGCCCGCCGCCAGCCCGCGCGGCGGCAGGAGACCCGGCGGCGGCGCGCGGCGAUGGCUUGGCGCUGGGACUCGGGUUGGGCCUGGGCCUAGGAGGCACGCUCCUGGCGCUCAGUGCCGGCCUAGCCGCAUGGCUGCUGAUGCGGCGGCGGCGCCGCCGCCGACAGCACUACCAGCGGCGGCGCGAGUCGCCCGCGGGAGGUGAGGGCGGCGCCGCCACGGGCACCUCCUUCUCCUCCUCUCUGGAGCUGGGCAGUAGCCAGGCCUUGUCUCGGCCGCCGCACCAGCCGUGCGGCGCCGGCGCCCCCGCCUCAAGCGGCGGCGGCAGUAGCAGCAAGGCGCUGCAGGCGGUGGGGGGCGGGUGCAGCCGGCCCAGCGGCAGCGACAGCCGCGAUGGCGUGGUCACUAUCGCCACCACAGCGGGGACGCCCUCAGCGGAGCGAGCCGUGGGAGCGGUUGAGGAGGACGUGGCGCAGCAGCAUCAGGAGGGCGGUGAUGAGUUCGACGGCGCUGGCGGUGGUGUCGGGCGGCUCAGCGGCCGUCGGGCGCUGUCUGGCGGGGGCCCGCUGCGCUCAUUGGGCGGCCGCACCGGGUCCAUGACCUCCCGGAGGGGGGGCUGGGGCAGCGCCCCGGCCCGGCCCUUGCCUGCGGUUACUACGGCCGGCACCACCACAGAGAUGACGGCGGACAUGUUGUUUGGCGGCGGCGAGCCGUCUCGUGUGGAGGCACUGCGGCGGCAGCUGGCGGCCAGCCGACACACCGUCAGCGUGCAGAUUCUGGAGCCCAUUGGCCAGGGCUCGUUCGCGCGCGUCUACAAGGGCAUCUGGCAGGGCAGUGUGGUUGCCCUCAAGGUGUUGCUGCUGCCGGCCAGCCUGAGCCAGGAUGAGCGGCUGCAGCGCGUCGCCGUCAUGGAGGCGGCGGUCAGCAGCGGCCUCAGCCACCCCAACCUGGUCCAGACCUACAGCUACAGCUUCAGGGCGCUCUACGACAGCACCGCCACCAGCGCUAGUGUGCCGCACCGCCGCCGCGAUGACCUGCUGCUGCGAGACCCGCCGGCGCUGAUGGAGUCAGCUGCGGGCGGGGGCGGCGCCGCAGCAACAGGGGAGGGGGGCGAGGGGCUGGAGGGGGAGGGGGCUGGCGGCGUGGAGGCGCAGCCGCACGGCUAUGAGCUGCAGCUGGUGCUGGAGUACUGCGACCUGGGCACACUGCGCCAGGCCCUGGACCGCGGCGUGUUCCACCGCAACAUGCAGCUGCAGCGCCAGCAGCAGCAGGCGGGUGGAAGCGGCGGCGAAGGUGGAGGCGGAGGUGGAGUCGGAGGUGGAGGCGCAGGUGGAGGCGCAGGUGGCAACGGCGGAGGGGGUGUAGGAGCCGGAGGGGCAGGCGCAGGCGGGUCCGCAGCAGCAGUGGAGGGGCGCAGGGCGGUGCAGCCUGUAGUGGUGCCGACGGCGGACCGACAUCAGGCGGGUGCGGGUGCCGUGAGGUCAGCGGGUGGGGUGGGCGAGGGCAGCAGCCGAGGCCCGGGCGGCCCGGGGCCGGGGGCUUCGGCGGGCGCGGCAGCGGUGCGGAGUGCGGGGUCCACCAUUGCCGCGCACAUGCUGCAAGUGAUGGGCGGGGCGGGAGGCGGUGGCGGCGGGAUGCGAGGAGCCCUGCAGCAACUGCGGCAGCAGCUGCAGCCGCCUCGGCGGUCUCUUUCAGCAGGAAGGGUCCCGCCUAUAUCGCCUGACAAGCCGCCUGCACCUGCAUACCGCUACGGCCUGAUGCUGUCGGUGGCGUGUGACGUGGCGUCGGCACUGCUGCACCUGCACUCACACAACAUCGUGCACGGGGACGUCAAGGUGAGGACAGCAGCUGUGCCGUGGCGGCGGGCCAGCAACGUGCUGCUCAAGUCCGGCUCCGGCGGCAGUCGCGCCCUAGCUGCCUGCGGCAGCAGCAGCAGCGGCGCCGCGUCUGCCAUACCUGCCCUCCUGCUGCACAGCCCACCUGGUGGCGGAGGCGGCGGAGGCGCCGGCACCCCCGCUGGCAGCUCAGUGGGACCGGGUCCCACUCCUGCCGCCGCCGCAGCGCCGGCGUCAGUGCCCCGCACGGUCAGCGACACGUCAGACAGGGCUGCAGCCGGUUCUGGAGCUGCCUCUGGCCCUCAGCCACGCGUUGGCGGCAGCGGCGGCCAGCAGCAGCAGCAGGCGCAGCAGCCUGGCCCCACAAGCAGCACCUUUGAGCGGCUGCUCACGUCAGGCAUAGUCGCCAAGGUGGGCGAUUUCGGCCUGGCCACGCACAUGGACGACGAGCGGCAGGAGACGCACAUCUCCGCUCUGACGGCGCAGGGCACCCUGAGUCACAUGGCGCCGGAGCUGCUGCUGCAUGGACACAUCUCCAAGCACUGCGACACGUACGCGUUCGGCAUCCUGCUGUUUGAGCUGUUCAGUGGAGAGCGGGCGCACCGCGGAGUGCCCCGUGCGCUGCUGCCGCACUCGGUGGCGCUGCGCGGCCUGCGCCCAGUGCUGCCGCCGCACACGCCGCCCAGCUACCGCCGCCUGGCGGAGAGGUGCUGGCAGGCGGAGCCGCGACAGAGGCCCACAUUCCACGAGAUCCUGGACGAGCUGCAGCGCAUGCGUCAAACAGCAGAGGCGGAGGCGGAGGCGAAGGCUGGCGAGCAGCACGGCUGGCCUGCGGCCGCAGGUGCGGCGGCGGGGGCAGCAGCAGGUGCCGGGGGCAGCGGGGCCGCAGGUGCGGGCGGGGCCGCCGGCGGCGGCGGCGGCGCGCUGAGAUGGGUGGAGGUGCCGCGACUGGAGGCGACCACGUGUGACACUGCGCUGUUUGCGGCCAUGGUUGCGAGCACGGCGGAGAACGCGGUGUACUUCUAGAGUGGUGACCCAUGCAUGGUGGAGGUAAGCAGCGGCAGCCUAAGUGGUGCUGCACUUAGGCCCGUGUUUACCCGAGUGUUACGAACCAGUUGUUAACCAAUAGCAUUGCACAAUAAACAAAUGGCAGGCAAUCAUCAGAUUCUGGUGAGCGCAAAAGCAGGGCAUACAGCGGGAGCAGGCGCGGGUGAAUGAUGGCAGGCCCAGCAUGUGCGCACACGCACAGAUUCCGCGAGUGCCGUGUCACAGCCCGCCAUGCCAAUGCCAAGCGGCACGUGGUACGACAUGUUGGGCACGUGGUAUGGCAGGUUGGGCAUAUUUCUCGGAAUAGUGUCGCGAACGGAACGGUGGUGGCGCGUGACUCUGCGUCGGCCCCUCCCUUCCUAGUGCACUUUAUAAAGUAAGGCUGAGCAUCUAGCGGUGCGGGUGUCAUGGGCCUACGUACCUGCGGGUUUGACGGAUGGGGGUUUUGAUGGACGGACCGCGUCAUAGCCGCUGACAGGCUGCACCAACGCAUGGCUUCGAUACACAUGCUGGCCUACCAACGUGCGUGUUCGCACGGUGUACAGCACGUGUGUACGACAAUGGCCUUGCUGGCAACACCAGGGUUUGGCACGCCAUGCGUGUGCCGGUUUAUGAGGUAGAGGUUGGGUGGGAGCUGAAUGUUUGUUUAGAAGUUGUGAAUGUUAGGCGAGGCUCGGGUGGUGGGCGCACGCAGGAACGUUGCCGCUUGGGGUUUCAUGCCUUAUUGGGUCCGCAUGCUGCGCCUGCGAUUUCACUGAGGCGUCACCACGCGCAUGUGGUGAUGACCGUGUUACUUAGGUCCGUGACAUAGCAAAUAAGUCAUGCAUUACGUUUGGUCUUCCAGCGCAAGCAAUAAGCAACCAAGAACGCCAGCAGCAAUGGACGUGGCAAGGAAAAGGCCAAUAUAUCUUCGUAUGCUCAUAUCCAGGUCCUUUGGUAGCAACAUUCUUGUCACGAUCGAUGUGUGCUACUUAGGUUGAUGAUGAUGCAAGCGCACGACACUUGUUUGGCGGGAAUGGUGUGGCGUAGGGUUGGAUAGGGUGGAACGGUUGCGUGGUGUUGUGGCGGGGGAGGUCAGGCAGGGGAGGAGGGGGCAACAAAGUCUUGACAAGAGGCCGAGGAAUAACGAGAUUGCGAGAUUAUUAGCCAUGGCGUUAGGCUGUGGGCGCGGCAGCAUGACCAAGGCGGCAAGGCGGGUCUACGCUUCAAAGCCAGGGUGCACGUCAGCGUUGGGGGCGCCGCCGCGCAAGCGUCUUAGGGUUGCGAGGGCUGGAUAAUGCAAAGGGCAGCGUGCCGAGGGGAGGGGAGCUUUCACACCGCAUUCGCUUGUGAGCACCGCGUCCGUGUGAGUGUAAUGGUGGGAAGGU